CUAGAACAUAUAUGAUAUAUAAUGAGGUGAAAAUAAAAAGUUGUGUACGGGGAGCAUACCAAAAUGGCGGCGUCGAAGGUGAAGAAAUCGAGAUUUAUCGACAAUACACAUGUUUCCAACAUAAUGCAGAAGUUAAACGAACAAAGACAGAGUAGUAAGUUUUGUGACGUCAUUCUUAAGGUCUGUGAUACCAGUGUACCUGUGCAUUCCAAUGUUUUAGCGGCUGCUAGUCCAUAUUUUCAUACGUUCCUGGGACAGGGGGAAGAUGACCCGCGAGCUUUUUCUCAAAACACACCACAGAUGAUAGAAAUUCACAUAAAUGGAGAGGGUAAUGAAGAUAACUGUAGUGAAGCUAUCAAGCUUGUUAUUGAUUACAUGUACACAGGUGAAGUUGCCAUCUCUUCAGCCAUCAUCAACCAAGUAGCACAAAUAUCCAAGAUAAUGUGUUUAUAUAAAUUAAGUUCCUUUUGUGAAUGGUUUGUCAAAGAAGAAAGUAAAGCUGAAAAGCAAAUGGAUGUUUUUUAUGAAGAUACAAUGGUUGAUGGUGAAAAUGUUGAGGUGACGCCACAAAGUGGAAGAUUAGCUGAAUCUUUUCUCGUUGAUAUUGAGUCCCCAUCUACAAGCUCCCCUCUUACUGCAAAUUCCGAGAAGGAUGAAAGUGAAAAUUCAGAAGCUUUUCACCAUUCUAAAAGAAAAAGAGGCAGACCAAGAAAGAUAACUCAAACAGAAGAUGAAAAUGAAAUUUAUGGUCCUAAAAGAGGAAGAGGCAGACCAAGAAAGAUAACUCAAAUAGAAGACAGUCACACAGAUGAAAAAUCUCUUCCAGAGAAAAAGAAAAUCAAUGGUGAAGUUGGACAUUCUGAUGAUGAAACACGUGAAAGUUUCAAGGAUACCAGUGCUGAAGAUGGAGGGAAUGUAACUGAGUUCUCAUCAAGAAGUGGCAGAAAAAGAAAACUUACCAUUAAGAUGCAAUACCUCACUAACUCUAAUGAUGAUUCUCUUUCUGGUUUAGGGUUUGUCAGAAAGAGAGACAGAUAUAAAUGUGCAUUCUGUCCCUUCUCCACAAAUUCUAUUCAUAAUCAUCAGCAACACAACCAGGCCCAUGAUCGGGCCAAAAGGAAAUACAUGUGUGAAACUUGUGGAUAUACAUCAGAAAAGGCAAAGAGUAUGCAUGUCCAUAAGAAGGAGCACCUUCAUGAAAACUACAACUGUGAUCUGUGUGAAUACAAUGGGGAUACAAAAGAAAACUUUGAAAACCACAUGAAAAGACAUGAUGAUCCCUUGCCCUUCUUCUGCAAGUACUGUGAUCAUAGAUUCAGGACCAAAACUCAAUUAAACUUCCACUAUCCUAAGCAUUCAAAACUGAAACCAUUUGUAUGCAAAAUAUGUGAUGCUGGAUUCAAAUGGAAACAUGCACUAAAAAAUCAUAUGGUAACCCACAGUACCACAAAAGAACAUUUGUGUGAUGUAUGUGGGUUUGCUACAGCUCAUAAAAGUCAAUUAAAAGCUCACAAACUUGUUCACACAGGGGACACUUAUAAAUGUCCUGAGUGCAAUUUUCAAGCAACAAGGAAGCAGAACUUGAAGUACCAUAUGGUGACCCACACUCGAGAAAAACCCCACCAGUGUGAGGUGUGUGGGCAGUCAUUCUCCCUCAUCAAAAACAUGAAGCGACACAUGCUGUUACACACAAAUGAAAGACCCUAUAAAUGUGACCAGUGUACCUUCACCACAACUCGCUUUGAUAAGCUAAAAGAACACUUGAAAAAACAACAUGGACAAGGGGACGAUUCAAAAAAGAAAUCAAAAGAAAUGGCCAAAACUUCUGAGCAUUCAAAAUUGCAUCCCCAGGCCUCUAAAAUCCUGACUGGUGACCUGUCAGAUGUAACGGAGGUACCAGUGACAGAAGUGGUAGACACAGAUGUCCUGUCCACUUUACAAUCUCUCCAGAUUCAGGUGGAGGGAUCUAAAAUUGUGGGAGUACCACACGCACAGAGAGAAGUGUUGAUACCAACAAGUGGUGACAGUCUACAACCUAUCAGCCUUAUGAAGUUUCAGGAGGAUGGGAGUGAAGUUACAUACCAUUUUGUACAGCUAGAAACAACAUGAAAGAUUCAGUUAACAAAUUAGUGAAAUAUAAACUUAUUGAUUGCUAAUAAAAAAAAAAAUAUGUUGUUAAAUAUUUGUUGGACUGAGCAAAAACUUUUCACAUUAUUAAAAGGUCUAGAUUUUAACAAUUAUUUUAACAGUUUAUUUCACUUAUUAAUAAGAAGUCCUUUUGUUUUGCUUGUACAUUGUAUACACAUUUAGCUCACCUGAGUUAGAGGCCCAGGUGAGCUUUAGAUCCAUGGUCCAUGUGCCUGCUGUGUGUUGUGUGAAGUUUGUAAAAUUUUAACAUUUUCACCUUUUUUAGGUCACCUGAGUCAAUUAGCUGCAGAUCUGUGGCUCGCUGGUCUGAAAAAAUUGGGAUGGACGACCAGAGCUACAGUGCCACCCAAAGAAAAAACUUUAUAUUUAUUGCACACAAAAAGUUGUGUUCAUUUCUGGAUUAAUUUCUCCAAAUUCUUACCUCAACUGCACAAAAGCCAGACCCUAAGACCAUAAACUGAGAAUAG